AUGUUAAAUAUAUUCCGAUUAUUGGGUGACCUUAGUCACUUGGCUAGCAUUUUAAUUCUAUUACAAACCAUUAGGGUCACAUCCAAUGUAGAUGGCGUCUCUUUAAAAACUCAAGUAUGCUAUAGCAUUGUUUAUUUGGCAAGAUACUUAGAUUUAUUAACAUUCCAUUUCAUUUCAUUUUAUAAUACAAUUUUCAAAAUUUUCUUUAUUACAUCCUCUAUUUAUACUGUAAUGUUAAUACAAAGGUGCAAAGUUAAAAAUCCAAUUGCUUACAGCGAUAUGAUUUCCAAGGACUCCUUUAAAAUCCAAUAUAUUUUGCUUGUAUCUUUAGCAUUGGGGUUGAUUUUCAACUAUAAAUUUAGUUUUUUGCAGGUUAUGUGGAGUUUCUCUAUAUGGUUAGAAAGUGUUGCCAUAUUACCUCAAUUGUUUAUGUUAUCCAAGGCAAAGCAAGCCACUACUUUAACAACUCAUUACAUUUUUGCUUUAGGGUUAUAUAGAGCUUUAUACAUACCCAAUUGGAUUUGGAGAUAUAUGUUUGAAGAAAGGUUUGAAAAAAUUAGUUUUGUUGCCGGGUUUAUUCAAACUUUGUUAUAUUCAGACUUCUUUUAUAUUUACUAUAAAAGAGUCUUAAAGGGUAAAAAUUUUGAAUUGCCACAUUAG